AUGGCUUCCGAGCAGAAUCAUGCGGCGACUGCGCCCACACAUGAUGGUGGCUUAACUGGCCGAGGCCAAAAGAAGAGCUUGGUCCAGAAAAUCAAGGGCUAUUUCCACAGCGACAUGACCGGCGAGAUCAACAACAGCGUCGAUGUCGAGAUUCACUCAUGGAAUGGACCGGAUGACCCGGAUAACCCAUUCAACUGGAGCACGAAAUACAAGUGGGCGCUGACGGUCACCGUCUGCUUCAUCUCCAUCCUCACCGGCCUCCCCGCAGGAACCUACGGCAGCGGCAACGACUGGAUGGCCGAGAAAUUCCACGUCCAGAACUCCCCCUUCCCAAACCUCUACUGGGCCACCACCUCCUGGAACAUGGGCGCCGCCUUCUGGCCGCUGAUCUUCGUGCCGCUCACCGAAUCCUCCGGCCGCAUGCCGGGCUACUUCGUCGCCUACAUCAUCCUGAUAAUCUCGCUCUUUCCAUCCGCCUUCGCGCCCAACUUCGCAACCCUCGUCGUAACGCGCUUCUUUGGCGGCGGCGCGUCCUCCGUGUCCAUUAAUAUCGUCGGCGGCAGUAUCUCGGAUGUAUGGUACGGCACGAAGGCGCGCAGUCUGCCGAUGUCGCUGUUCGGGUUCACGAGUGUCGUGGGUAUCGCGCUGGGCCCGUUUAUCGGGAGUGCGAUUGUGCAGAUCCACAAGAAUGAUCCGUGGCGCUGGAUCUUCUACAUCCAGAUCAUAUACAACGCGGCGCUCCUGCCGAUCUUCUGGUUGAUACUGCGUGAGACCCGCCCAGACGUGAUACUUAAACGGCGCGCCGCGAAAAUCCGCAAGGAGACGGGGCGUCCUGUCUACGCGCAGGCGGAGCUCUCUGCGCCCUCGACCCUGCGCCUCCUGCAGAUAUCCUUCAAGCGGCCGACGAAAAUGCUCCUCACCGAGCCGGUGGUCAUCUUCUUCACGCUGUGGAUCAGUUUCGCGUGGGGGAUCCUGUACCUCUUCUUCAGCAGCGUCGUGCAGACAUUCGGGCAGAACUACGGGUGGGACACGAUGGCGACAGGCCUAGUCCAGCUCGCGAUCUCGGUCGGCGCUGUUAUCGGCACGGUCUUCAACCCCGUGCAGGACUGGCUGUAUCUGCGCUCCGGAAACCGAAACAAGGAGAAGCCUGGCAGGCCGAUUCCCGAGGCGCGCCUGUACACCUCCAUCCCGGGCUCGUUGCUCUUCGCAGCCGGCCUGUUCUGGUACGGCUGGGCCUCCCAGCCGGACGUGCACUGGAUUGUUCCGGCCAUUGGAAUCACGGCGGCGGGAAUCGGGAUCUACAGUAUCUACAUGGCCGUCGUGAACUAUCUUACCGAUGCGUAUGAGCGGUAUGCGGCCAGCGCGCUGAGCGCAGCCAGUCUGGGGAGGAAUAGCUUCGGCGCAUUUUUGCCGCUGGCCAGCCCGCAGCUGUUCAGUAACCUUGGCUUUGGAUGGGCGGGGACACUCCUGGGUUUCAUUGGGGUUGCGCUGAGUGUUGUCCCUGUUGUGCUGGUGCUCAAGGGGCCGGCGAUUCGGCGGUCCAGUCCGUUUAUGAGGGAGAGUAUGUGGGAUGACGAGGAGAAGGAGAAUGAGACUGGCGAGGGGUUGGAGGGGAAGGAGGGUGGACAGGCAGAGAAUGUCUAG